AUGUUACACACAGGGAGUCGAACGAAUGUCUACGACGAAAAGGGAACUGUGCUAUACCGUGCCGUGCCGGAAAGCUCGCCCGCGGUGAGUGGCAAAGUCGAGGAUGUGAGCGAGAAGGACAUCGACGCGGUGACUGACUUCUCCACGAGCGUCCCGCCCAGCAUCUCCGUCAUGAACAUCAUCGCAUCCCAGUCGAUGCGCUCAAGGACGCUAAUGAGGAGUAAGACCUUGCAGGGCUCCUACCCACGUGUUGCGAAUGCUUCGGCGGCCGCAACGAAGAAGGAGGCUCUAAAGCUAAUUCAGAACAGUCUGACUCCGGAGCAGGCUCUUCUGACGCUGUUUCCGCCCGAGCCGCUGUACGAAAACAAAGACGGCGGCAAGAAGGAAAAAAAGGAUGUAAUCUUCGCUGAUUUGGCGGCCUCCACCGUCUGCACCCUACGAGAGCCCAACGAGCAGCGGUGGAUGAAGGUAGCGGCGAUUGAUCACACAAGCCGACUUGAUUGCGUGCAUCUGCAGGACCAUUUGGAGCGCCGGUGCAUCGAGGAGAACGCGCGUUCCUCUGGAGUUGUCUGCCCAAUCCGCGAGGGGAUCUACACCGACGGUCUUAAGGAGCUGAUACGACAGACGACGGUGUUGUGCCCGGAGCGCGGACUACUGCUUGCCGAGCUUGCGACGGAGAUGCAGCAGACGACAAACAAAUACGAUAUUCUCUUUGACAGCGCCUGUCAGUACGCAGUACGCAAGGCGAUUGAGCGCGACAUGCGGAGUUACCUCUUUGAAGACAAGGUAAAUAUGGAGAGUGAGGUGCGCCGGCUGGAGAAUCGCGUGAAUGAACUUCGGGCAAAGCGUGACGGCAUGCUGAAGCGCUUCGAGGAGCUGAAGCAGGCGGAGCAGAAUAGACACGAUGAGGAAGUAAAGUACCUCAAGAAGGUCAAUCAGCAGAUCAUCAGCGAGAUCAAACGGAUCACGGCCCUAGAAAAGGCGAAGGCCACAGCAGCAGCGGAACAGGCACAUACACAAAACACUGUGUAG